AGCGCCUCUGUGAGGAAUAAAUAAGGGCAGGGAAACUGAGCCGCAAUGGGACAACUCUUAUUUCGGUCCAAUUCGGCCUAAAAAUAUGGCUUUUAUCCUUGACGGGGUGUCAUCGGAAGGUUUUUAGAGGGCGUUGGGGAUCUGUUUGGAUAUUGAAAGGGACUGAGAAAGUUUGGAAGGAAACGAACUUGAGACGGUCAUGGAGGAUUUCGGUUCGGCGCUGGAGAAGAACGCGGCGGAUCUGACCGUGAUGGACGUCUACGACAUCGCCGCGGUGGUGGGCCAGGAGUUCGAGCGCAUUAUCGAUCAGUACGGAUGCGAGGCUCUGUCCCGCCUCAUGCCCAAAGUGGUCCGGGUGCUGGAGAUCCUGGAGGUCCUGGUGAGCCGCAACAGCAUCAGCCCAGAGACCGAGGAGCUGCGCCUGGAGCUGGACCGGCUCCGACUGGAGCGGAUGGACCGGAUGGAGAAGGAGAGGAAACAUAAGAAGGAGCUGGAGCUGGUGGAGGAUGUGUGGAGAGGAGAAGCCCAGGAUCUGCUGUCCCAGAUCACACAGCUGCAGGAGGAAAACAAAACACUGCUCAACAACCUGUCCGUCAAAGAGUGUCCGAUGACAGAAGAGGAUAUACAGAAACAGGAAGGCAUGACUGAGAGGGAACGGCAGGUGAUGAAGAAGCUGAAGGAAGUUGUAGAUAAACAGCGAGAUGAGAUCCGUGCCAAAGACCGUGAACUGACACUCAAAAACGAGGACAUUGAAGCGCUCCAGCAGCAGUUGAACCGGCUGAUGAAGAUCAACCAUGACCUGAGGCAUAAGAUCACGGUGGUGGAGGCCCAGGGUAAAGCGCUGAUCGAGCAGAAGGUGGAGCUGGAGGCGUCUGGUCAGGCGCGGCAGCAGGAGAUGGGUAACCUGCGACAGGAAGUGGUCCGUCUUAAGGAGCGCCUUAAAGAGCAGGGCAAGACCAGCGCUGAGACGGAGGAGCCUGUAGGACCACCUUCACCUGCACAGUGACGAACAGGAGGAGGAAACAGGCCCACCACUGCCAGACCCCUCUCCUACAUUUCGGCCAAGCUCACGCUCCAACUUUCAGCCCGAGUCAGGGAUAAAACGACUGAUCUUCACAGCCAUUAUGCCGAUGGUGGCGGCUGGGUUGAUUCCAGAUGACCCCACUUUACAGCCAAUCAGACGACUUAUUUCCCUUGUUUAGCUUCUUUUCCCGCGACAAAAACCGAGGCUCUCAGGGGAGGAUGCCGCAGAUGGGUGACAGCUUCGGCUCGUGGGCGGGGAAACAGGACGUGUACACAGAACAGGCCCAGGAGGCAUUACAACACAUGUAACGAACACAACGCUCCACUAACCGCUAACCUGCACCAUGUGACCGUAUGCCACGUUUGCGCUCCCUUUCAUGGUCACUUUCACAGCACUACGUCUGCAAGCAGAUGAGACAAGAGCUCACAAAGGGAACAUGGGGGACGGGGCCGUUUAGAGUUACUGAUAGAUUGUGGCCCUCGCCUUCACCCAAAGAUACUGUGAGGGAGUUUUAUGUGCCUAUUUUGUUAGAUAGACAUUUUAUUGCUAUUGCAAACGACUAGUUACUGUAAGUAGAUGACGCAGACAAAUAGAUUUCAGACAUUAUUCUGAUGACGUUUAAAGAGAAGGUGCCUUCAGUAGAUAAGAUACAUAUCUAUUUUUAAUUCAAAUUGAAUUAUGAGUGAGAAGAAUUAUGCACGUGGCUGAAGAAAAAAUUAGGGAUUUAAAUUUUUAGUUGCUACGCCCAGGCCAGAGAUUGUCUGAAAAGAAUGGUGGCAUUAUAUGUUGAAUUAUGUUUUUUUGAAAUUGCACAGUAGCCUGAUUUUUUUUGGCACACUGAAAUAUUGAGAAUUUAAAGGAAUAUCAAGUAUUCAGAAUUUCAUUUCUAUUGACAUCUUUCAUGACAUGCUGUCGGUUAUCACAGAAAAUAAUUUUAACUUGUCCCUCAUUUUGUAACAACAAUCAGACAUUGGAUUUACAGUAAUGCACUUAAUAUGGAGGUGUAUGGGGCAAAACAUUAAAAUCAGAAAUGUGCCUCUCUCUUAUAUUUAUUCUUAUGUUCAAAAAUGUGGGAAGAGGUUACUAUACCAUGCAAAGAUCACCAAGGCUGCAUUUAUUUGAUCAAAAAUGCAGUAAAACAGUAAUAUUGUGAAA